GGGGACUGGGAAGGCAAGACGUCACUGUAUCCACACGGUUUUGGGGGGGCCCCUGUUCCCACGCGAAUGUCGCCGCCGCCGCCGCGGUGAGGACAAGCUUCUUUUCUGCGCUUUUGGUUCCAUCUCUGUUUUUUUUUUUUUCAACACGAGAGUUUUGAUAUCGACAAGCUACCAAUCAUUGCGCGAGGGAUGGAUAGGAAGUUUACAUAAUCUUUUACUUCUUCAUUCACAGCCUUUCACCCAUUUUGGCGAUACGGAGAGGUUAGAUCUCACGAGCGCACUCAUCGCGCGUCGUCACACACACACACACACACACACACGAGAUUUUGGCUACAGCGCCCACCUAUCAAACGACAACAGUUUUGUGGAUCUGACAGCAGAUAUUCACCGCGCCGACAUCAUGCCCCGAAUCAAAGAGGCGGCGGCGGACGCCCUUACCGCAGUGGAAAAGGCGUCUGACACGGUUGCCCACCUGGCCACGCGCGCCGAGAUCGCUGCGGGGGAUGCGGUCGUUGCUGCUCCUGCCACCAUCGCCCGGUCGUUGCCCGGGGAUACGGCGAGACUUGCCCUGGGGGUGGGGAUGAGUUUCGGGGUUGAGGUGGUGGGGAGGUGGGUGGUCAGGUAUUUGACCAAGGGGGAGGGGGUUGAUGGGAUGUUGGAGGAUGGGAGGGAUGAUUUGGUUGUGGUUGGGUGGAGGAUACUCGUACUAGCACUGGGUUGGCUCAGUGACUUUGACGGUUGGGAUUUGGCUUCGCUGGCUUUGCUUUCGCAUGGUCCUGCGACGUUUCUUGUCUCUGUCUUUUACGGCAUUCGCUGGUUGACCGCCGGCGCCUAUCUCGGUGUGGAGGUCGUAUCAACUGCCUUGCCGUUCCUCCUUUUGCGUCAUCUCUCCGGUGACGGGGGCAAGGAGAGUGCUGCCACACCGAACAGGGAGAUCGUCACCGACAAGUGGAUUCAGCUUCUUACUAGCCUUCAGGCGGGAUUGGUCUACAGUGUUGUGCUCUUCCUGGCUGGCAGGACGUUCCUGUCGGAUGUGUUUGUGCUCCACUUUGAGGGGAUUCCUACUGUCAAGCCUGCCGUUGAGCCGGCGGGCAUCUUUACGGAAGCGGAUGGGGUCGCGACGGGGGUUUUGGGGUUGUUGAUGGGGUGGGCUGCUAGGAGGUUCAUCUUUGCGCCUGUGGUUACGGCUCCCGAGGGGACGGUCGGGGAUGAGGAGAAUGAGAGGUUUGAUCCUGUGAGUGCGAGCUUGAAGGAGACGGUCAAGUGGAAUUUGUGGGGGUGGAGGGACAAGACGAAGAUUUCGGUUGUGAGGACGGGCGCGGCUGUGGUUACUACAGUUGUGGGCACGUAUUUGGAUACGGCAUUGGGGAUUAGGGGCGUUGAUCAGGUUGGGGCGGGGGUCUAUGCUGGUGUUUGGGGAUUGGCGGUUGUGUUGACGGGGGUGGCGUUGACGUAUGUGGGGAGCAUCUGAGGCGGUUGGGGGUGGAAGAGGGGGUGUUCGGUGAAGCGGUUAUGGGAUGACUCUCUCCCGGCCAGGGUUCUACGACAUGCGAUGGAUGACGCAAGGUACCGGGAGCUGGGGUCGUGGUGGUGGGUUCGCAAGCUUAGGCAUCGGCAACAUGUGGGAUGCAUCUAGGAUGGAAUGGAUGGGAAGACGGGAGACCACCACUUGCGGCUGCCGGAUCUUGCAUGGACCGGGCUUCCAUAUGAGCAGGCAUCCAUCUUGGUCGCUUAACAAGCGCGGAGGGUGGUGGUAGCAAGGAGGUUUGCGGUUGCGGUGGUGUGGUGGUGGAUAUGGUAAUGGUGGUGGCUUGAAGCAACGGUUUUUUUCCCUUCUCCCUCGUUACAGCUGAUGGCAGCAGUAUCAACAGCCGCGGCAGGUGUGUGUCGUGCAACCCCAACAAGCGGCGGCUGUUCACCGGGGCGAGUGCUGCGUAUGUAGGUAUGUAGGAUAUAAUGCGGAUAGCUAAUAGUAUGAAGCGAGUUCGCGGCGCCGGCACAUGGCAAGCCGGGAUCAGUUA